CACACAGCCACUCAUCCAACCACCCGGCCACUCACGGAAACCGCCCAACCACGCACUCACACCACCCCCCGCCGCUACAUACACAACGGCUCAACCACACAUUUGAGCACGUAUCCACUCACCCAGUCAUACCGCCACACAACAUUCCCACACCCCCCACUCGAGCAGCUCACAGGACCCCGCCCUCCGCACGGCAAAAGUUGCGUCGUGUUUGGCGAAGCCCUCCCCUCCGUGCCUGUUUUCGCUGCUUGCUCAGUGGCUGCGAGAGUGGGCGCCCCUCUCUCUCUCUGGUGUGAGUGUGUGCGUCUCUCUAUCUGUGUGCGUGUGUGGGGUGAGAGUCGCGCCUCUCCGUCUUUCACUCUCUGUUGAUCUCUUGACGCCACAUAGCUCUUCCGCUACCGAGCCCUUGAGAGCAAAGGGCGCUCUCUCUAUCUGUGUGGUGUGCGUCUCUCUGUCUCUCUCUCUCGGUGUCUCUCGCCACGCGGGUUUUACGCUGCGUCGCCUGCCUCCGUCCGUGUGUCCGACGUUUCGAGCGUCGGGGUUACUACCGCGGCACGCACGGAGGCUUUUCGUCUCGCCUCGCGUUGGGUUUCGCCCGUGCAAGUUUCGCGGAGAGGCCUGCCUUCAGCUGCAACGCCCGUGAGUGGAUCCGACGCCGUCUCACCGUGGAGGUCACCUCUCUGGUGGGAAAAUCGCUUGCAGCUAAAGGCCCGGGGGUGGUGGCGCGGCGUGGGGGGGGGGGGGGACCUCAAAUAACCUGACAAGUUCACGUUCGACGACAUCGAUCGCCCUCUUCGAUCGUUUGCCAGAAGAGUGAAAAAAAAUAUCAUUCACCCGGGGAGGGGGGGGGGGGCUACUCCCGAAGCCGUCCACUUGACUUGGUCACCAACCCCGGAGUGAACAUUUACACCGUUGCUGAUCAAUUCGCCACCGUCCAAAAGAAGAAAAAGGCCGCAGGAUUUUCCUCGCAAGUGGAAAUUGCUGAGCGCGAAUUAUGCCCCGCACGUUUCGCCUUGCGGGGGUUUAUCUCGCAUUGAAGUGAACCGAAAUCUCCUCGUGUGAGAUUUUAUCAAAUAAAUCACUUGACUUCUUUACCCCUUUAGAGCUCCUCCCGUGGAGGCUCAGUCCUCCAUCAGAGUGUGGUGGGCACAAGCAGUUGCAGGGCUGCACCUCUACCCCCCACCACCUUCGAAUAGUUUUCAACUUUGUCGAUGACUAUCGUCAGUAGUACCACACAGAACUGAGGAUGGUCGUUUGAGGAUCGGCUAACACGGCACUCGAUGUUGCUGGGCAGGGCUUGAUUGAUACAAGAUAGCCACAGAUAAAAUUGGGCCCCGUCAGAUAUUUAUAGACGGAGAAGUGGCGGCGGGCCAUCGGUGGAGGGGAUAUUAAUACUCCCAAGACACAAGCCCCAUUCAAUUCACUUUUAUCUUUGCAUUUCGGCUAAGAAGUUAUCUCCUCUUCAGAGACAGAGAUAUGAAUUUUUAAAUAUAUAUUGGAAUUUUAGCCACGCAGCCGUCAAGCGUUUUAUGAUUAACAUCUGCUCGCGUGAAAACCGCUUUUAAAUCAAUUCGAAACCUGCCUAAUUAGCCACCUCCAGGGUGCACAGGGUGGGUGGGGGGGACUCCCCAGCGGUACGUAGUGCCCGCGACCCGCAAAUCCUUCCGCCAUGAACGUGACGGCGGCAAUGGCCGACAAUUUCAACUCGACCGCGGGCCCUACGGUGAGCGCCAACGGGAGCGAGGAGCAUCGCUGCCAGCUGAACAAGGCCUUCCAGCACAUACUGCUGCCCACCUUCUACAGCAUCGCCUUCGUGCUCGGUCUCAUCGGUAACGGCCUCGCCCUCUGGAUGUUCAGCUCGGCGCGCAUGCGCCCAUGGACGAGCAUCACGGUCUACAUGUUCAACCUGGCGCUCGCCGACCUCCUCUACAUCUUCACGCUGCCCUUCCUCAUCUUCUACUACCUCAACCGCACCGACUGGAUCUUCGGCGAGGCGUGGUGCAAGGCGGAGCGCUUCAUCUUCCACGUGAACCUCUAUGGGAGCAUCCUCUUCCUCACUUGCAUUUCGGCACACCGCUACGCCGGCGUGGUACACACCAUGCGCUCGCUUGGGCGCCUCAAGCGCCGGCACGCACGCCUCAUGAGUGCCGUCGUGUGGGCCGUGGUGGUCGCUGAGGUCUUCCCCAGCCUCAUCUUCGCCAAGACUGGUAAGAACCACUCUGGUGGCAAGACCUGCUACGACACGGCGCCGGACGACGAGCUGGAGCGCUACCUGACCUACAACCUGGCCGUGACGGUGCUCGGCUUCCUGGUGCCCUUCGUCGUCAUCCUCGUGUGCUACGGCUUCAUCGCGUGCAAGCUCGUGCAGCACCAGCUGUCCAAUGCCACGCUGCGGCAGCGCUCGCUGCGCCUCGUCGUCAUCGUCAUGAUCUCCUUCUCUGUAUGCUUCCUGCCAUACCACGUGAUGCGCAACGUCAACAUCCUGGCCCGCCUCUACCUGGGGCCCAGCGAGUGCGAGCUGUCGGCCCGCAUCUAUGCCGUCUACCAGGUGACGCGUGGGCUCGCCAGCAUCAACAGCUGCAUCGACCCGGUGCUCUACUUCCUCGCGGGUGACACCUUCCGCCGGCGUGUCAGCACCACCAAGCGGCGGCGGCAGCAGCAGCAGCAGCAGCACCACGCGCUCACGGCCAAGCGGCUGCCUGUGCUGGAGCGAGCCGCGCAGGAGGAGGAGGACAGCGUGCCCCGGUCCUUCGACACCGUCACCGAGCACGCAGAGGACAAGAGCAAAGUUUUGUACAUCAAGGCCGAGCAGUGAAGCCGGCACGUGAUGAGAAGAAAGAGCGGGAGGAGGUGGUGCGAUGAGGAGGAGCAGACGCAAUGAGGUGGAGGAGGAGGUGUGGAAUGACCCCGGUGCCUUGUCGUUCGAUGAACCACUUUCAACCCUUGGCCCCACCUGUCUCACCCACUCCCGCUCCCCAUCCCUGCGGCCGUCGCAGAACCUUGGUGCAGCCGUCGCAAUUCUGCGACCCCGGCACCCGUUAUCACGAGUGUCGAGUCGACCGCGCCAACUGAACUCUCGCGAUGGUCUGGUGGAUGCCCCCCCCCCCCAUCCCCGGCUCCACAGCGCGGUCGCUGCAUCUGCUGGAGUCCCGUGCACUUUGUCGUCGAUAAACAAAUUGCUCUGUUGACGUGUAGGUUAACCGGUACCACCCCAGGUGGGUCAGAUGGCGUGUGUAUCCAUCACCAGCGGAACAUGACAGAAUCCGAAUGUUUAUUUAUACUGGAGGAAUAUGAUGAGCUACAAAGCUAUUUUUCACAUAUGUUCAGUAGUGGCGGCGGGGGGGGGGGGGGUCAAAAGGUUACAACGACAAUGUGCAUGACCCUCAGACGUGCGCCCUUUAAGUUACGCGGAGAUGUAUAAAUAUUUUAAAACGUGGGGUUUUACGGAGGCUGUACAAUUGUGGUAAGUGAUCUCAAGCGGAACGCAUCCACUGAUCGGUACCCUGGCCCUGCCUGUGACGCAGAGGCCGCCGGCUCGAUCCGAUGUCCCUGCGGCCCCCCUCUGCCCACCCAGCAGUGGUAGCGCGUACGUGACCCCCGCAGGUGCGGUCAACCGUUGGGUGCUCUUAGCAGCUCUUUCAAGGCGUCUGGCCGGCGUGGAAGGGUAGAGGCCCAGGAAUGUCUGUCAAGAGGUUGGCUCUCUAGAACUCUCCUCGAGAUGGGGCGGCAGUGGGGGGGGGGAGGCCCUUACCUGGCCAGCAGUGGCGCGAGGAACUGAGGCACUCGCAGGGCUUGCGCCCUCUUUUACGACGCUUCUGGUUCUUUACGCCGCGCCAUUGAGAUGCGCACUUCUGGGGGGGGGGGGGGGGGGGGGUUAAUGGUCGAUCCGCACGGCUUUUGGCGAUGGAAGCUGGGGAGGAAAUACGUGCCUAGAAAUCGAACAAAAACCAUUCAUUCGAAAUGUGAACAAGCUGCCCCCCCCCCCUAAUGACCAUCCUCCCCCCACCCCCUUCGAUGUUCUCAAGCCGUUGUUAAACCGCGACUAUUACCUGGAUGUAGCCUAAACUGUAGCCACCCGGGCCAUCACUUUAUGUACAUUCAAAACUAAAGACUUGCAUUUACUUAUCGUCAUUUGUUGACAUUAACUUAUUGGUCUUCUUAUUUUACCGUGGGACCGCGUGUGUGCGUGCGGCACAUAGUGUGCAAUGUGGUGGUAAUUUUUAUUUUUUUAAAUCCUAACAGCGAAUAGAAUGUGUGUGUGCGCCUAAAUCGUGAGCGGUGGCGGCGAGACUGAUAUUUAAUACGAGGUAUUGCAAAUUAAAACCCAACGGUCCGGCAAAUCUCAACGGGACGGCGAGCACUUGUACUCGGGUCCGAGCAAAGGCACCGUGUCGGCGUUUUGAACUGUGCGGAUGCUCCGAUGGAAAAACUGGCAGAGAUUUGAGUGGAGUUGUGAGGGGUUUGGACGUCCGCGGCCAGAGAAUGAAAUAAAUGUCGUAGGUAUUUUUACACGA